UGACUUGAAGAUGAGCGGCGCUCAGGCUGAGUUAGAAGAGAAGGACUGUCCUCCACCAGAGGAACUAGAGUGUAAAAUCUGUUACCAACGCUACAAUGCCCACAACCGCAAGCCUAAGAUCCUGGACUGCCUGCACCGGGUCUGCGUCCGCUGCCUCAUUAAGAUUUUGGACAUCGCUGACGGGACGGGCUUCGUCUCCUGCCCCUUUUGCCGACACCAGACUGAGGUCACAGAGUACGACGUGUCAGCCCUCCCUGACGAUGCUAUCAUCAUGUCCUACUUGGCAAUGCGGGACAAAUCCUGGAGCUCCGACCACAACAGGGAGGUGGUCCUAACUCCAACGAGUUUCUCCUCCUCCAGCCCGUCUCACGAGUCCUCCAACUGCCUGGUUAUCACUAUAAUGGAAGUACAGGGGGACUUACAGCACUCCCCGAGCCGAAACGGCAGCUCUGACGUCUACGCCGAGCAGAGCCUGGACUCGGUAUCGAUAGGCUCCAAUGGGCCGGUUGAUCAGGACGCUCUGUCCAAGUUCUGUAAUCACGUCCCGCGCAUCCUGGUCUGGCUGCUGGGUUUCUUAUACUUUGGCUCACUGCCUCUAGGAAUCUACUUGUUGGUGAUCCAGAGAGUGACACUGGGCAUUGUAUGUGUUAGCUUGGUGCCAUCGAGCCUGACAGUUUGCCUGGUCUACGGGUUCUGCCAGUGUCUGUGCCAGGGCAUGUGUGACUGUUCCUCCAGGGGCUGAUGGGACGGGACGGGCCAGCUGCAGUGAGCAGGUAUUUGAUGCGUUUUUACCCAAAAAGGUAAAGAUGAGGCCAACACAGUCUCCAAUACAGACUUAACAAAUAAUGGGCGAGUACAGAGACCUAAGACUGCCUUCAGUACUGGUCCAGUGCAACUCAGAAACCAGUUUGGCCAACAGGAACAGAGCAGAUCUCAGAUCUCCUGACAAGAUGUGUUGGUUGGAGCGGCGCCUAUACAUACAUUUCUGUAAUGUAUUUCUGUAACCCAUAUUCGUUCUGUGCUGUGUGUAUGACCUAGUUUGACAUUAUAUUUGAGAGCAGACCUUUAAUUUUUGACUUAAAUAAUGACAGCACUGAUAGAGUCCUCGGCCCUCAUUUAUCAACACUGUGCCACCAAAAUAUAAUUGUGAGUUCCCAAAGACAAAAACAGAGGAAAAUCAAAGUUGUAUGGGACUUUGGCCACCAAAAUCAAAAGCACCUCUUAGACACUAAUUACUUAUAUUUUCAUAGAGUGUUCUUCAGGUCCAUAAGCCAGCAUUCAUGGCACUACACGUUACCAAAUAUUUCCCCUCUGUGCAAGUUGAAUAUAUGUCAACUCAAUUGUGAUACUGGUCUUGCCAUGAGCUCCUAAAAAAUGCAUGGUGAAAAAGCAUUGGUGCGCUGACAUCUAUGGGUUGAAGUUGUUGAAUUUCAGUGUAUUGUUAAACAAUGCAAGGAAUAUUACAGGAAAAGGCUGUAUGCAUAUCUGUAUGCAACGCACAUGUCAGCGAGGACUAAAUACAAAUGACCUAAUCAACUGUGAAUUGGCAAUAAUAUUUUAUUUUUUACCUCUUUAACUGUCACAGCAUUGGCUUUGGUCUUACAUGUGAUGAGGUCCUGAGCGUUGCUUUUUGAAUGUGCCCUGCUCCUCUUUCUCUCUCUCCAUCAUUGCGUUAAAUGGAUUUAGCACAUAUGAGGCAUAAAUCAAGACUCAUAUCUCAGGUUUUUUGACAGUCUUUUGAUGUUAAGCAACGACCGUUACCAUUCAGUUCCUUGUCGGUUUGAAAAUAGCACAGGCUGCUCUGUCGUGUUUUGUGGUACUGGUUGUAAAAAGCUACUAAAGGUUCAGUUUAUGGCUCUGGGAAUCCUCUGUUACCUUCAUGCUGUAAGUCACAUGCACAUACUGCCAUGUUGAAGCCAUGUGGAUUUGUUGUUGUGUGGCACCUCAAGGUUGUGUGCUUUAUUGAUGCGGCAUCUUGGUUUUCUUUUGCAUGUAAGGCAAACGCUCCCCUACAUGUCAUCAUCCUGGCAUGCGGAUUUCAGGAAGGAAGGUAACAAUAAACUAUGAUGUUAUUUUAACAAUUAUUAUCAUUUAUAGUUAUUAUAGUCCUAAAUGUAAUUUCACAUGUAUGUAGAGAGAACAUUUGUUAUAUUUGAUUAGGUCUGCUGAAGCUUAAAGCUUCUUCUGUGGGUACUAAGCAGUAGUUUUCAUUAUAGCUAUGUGACCAAAACAAACAUUUCAGUGUGCUAGAAUCUUCUGAGACAUCUUCAGCUGCUGCAGUUGUACCCAGCAAAGGGUGACAUUUCCAGCACCACUUCAAAAAUAAAAGGUUUAGACUAUAGAUUGAGUGUUUUUAUUAUGUAAGUGGAACUUUCUGUUCCUGAGCAUGGUGGUUUAGAAUUUGAUGGUUUUAUCAAUUCGCACUACUUUUGAGGAGUGCUCGGAGCAGUUACGCACAAGUGAAAUUUACCAACUUUCUUGUACUCAUUCCACAUUUUACUCGUAGGAGUCAACCUUUUCUGUGCAAUGUUGAUAACUGAGGGACCUGGGCUGAUCAAAUGUAGAUAGAAAUAACAAACUUCAGGUAAUUGUAUUUCUCAUCAAAAUGGAGUAUAAUGUCCAGUUCGUCCUGUUCAUUCUCUGAUGUGGGGUACACAUUUCCCUAUCUUACCUUUCCUUUGUCAACCUUCUAUCACUGUUUCUCUAGCCGUCUCUGUACCCACUCCCUCUAUGUUUUCCUGUGUUGAUCUACAGACUACAGCUCUCAGCUUAGUGCCACACUUCUGAUUACAGACGCUACUAGACAAUGAAAUAAAUGGAGAAUUAUUUUCUAUAUUUUGCUUGUGUACUUAUUUCUAAGUCUGCUGCCUGCUGAUUCCGUCCAUAACAGUCAACAUCGCUGUCAUCUCAGGUUAAUCUUGCAAAGUGUGUCUCAUCCACCUCAGCGAGGCAGGAUGCUGUUGUUGUACUUCAAACCAACCAAAUCACAGAAGGUAGGGGCUUAUUUGUAACUUUACAGAAAAAAACAUAUUAAUCUCCGAUCCACUGGAUUUGUAAAGUCUCUUAAUCCAUGUUUUUUAACAAGAUUCU